UCUUUCAUUGAACAUGGAUAGCAACAACAUUCGUCCAGAAGGUGCAUGGAUAAUUGAGGGUUCGGACAGAGUGAGAAGCGCAAACCUUGAAAGCGAAAACGAGCACGGCACUUCCUCGCCUUCCUCUAAGCCUGAGUCACCCAGUGAUCUCGAAAGUUCAAACCGUGGGAGUGAAAAACACAGUUCUCAUCGCAGCGGGUCGAAGUCUUACGACUUUGCUAGUUGGAAGAAAGUCAGCCCUUACAGUGAGAGUAAAAGGGUUGGUGCCCAUUACAGCCGGUCAAGUCCUGACAGUUCCACUGGUCACAAGAGGGUGAAAAAGAUCCUGGACUGGAAGUCGUCGGGAGUGGCGUCUGACAAGGGACCUUUGGGUCAUCAGAUGGAUGGUGGUGUGACAAAAGGACCGGCGAAGCAGGAUCUUGUCGGCUGGAAGGAUCAACGUAUCGUGAAAGCAGAGAGGAAGAAGAGAGGAUUACGCAUAGCCAAGGCAUCAGUGGAUAAAGUCGCUCCUGUAUGUCAAGAAGCAUUGUUAGAAAAUGCUAGUACAUCUUUUGAGGGCACCUUCACCACUUCAGAUAGUUGCGUCAUUGAAAAUACAUUUCGCUGCGCUUCAGAAAAACCCUUCAACCUACAAGAAAAGGUUACUUCUGAGGACCAGAGUAGGGAUGGAACGGAGCUGGACUUCGACGUUGAAGUGUUCUCCGGAGACGAGACAGACUCUAGAGACUUUGGUAGCCCUAGUUUGUUUUUGGAGACUCCUGCCAAGCCUACAGGAGAUGCAGAUACUAAAUAUCACAGUAGUUCUCACCAGUGUGAGGCCAGGCUCUCCUCUCCUGGGUUUGUCAUGUCGCCCGAUAGUGCUGAAACACCUGGAACAUUCAUGUUUGAGUUGAGAAAGCCCAUACCCCUUGCCCCUAGAAAUUACUGCAACAGUACCCAAAGUGUCCUUUGGAUGUCUUGCGACGACGACGGUUUGUUUGAUUCCGUACCGUCAGGAAUAGGUCAAAGUGUUCCAGAUAGCUCUUUUGAAAAGCAAUCACAACUCAGUGGUUCAUCAAGUGUUCUAGAUAGCCCAAGGCUGAAUGACAAAUCAGAUGUAGUUGAGAGUAAAGUUGACAACAGCAAUAGUGAACUCUCAGUCUUGCAAAAAAAUCGAAGUGAUUCCGAGUCGACGACAGAUUUUUGGGCCUACCGGAACCGCAUGAGCUGCAAGUAUCGGGAGCAAAGAGAUGGUUGCAAAUUGCCAAGUGCUGUAGUCAGCCCAAGCUCGCACAACAAUACGGAGUGUAACGAGAAUGUUGGACCGAUUGCUGUAGAUGCCUGGCCCGCUGAGUCACAGAAACAACCUACCAGAGGAAAGACGCCCACAGAAAUCAGGAGGGAGGCGUCCCAGGUGCAGAUGAAAUACACCAGGUCUGUACUUCGGAAAGAUGGCACUUCUAGAUCUCUGUCAGAAGAGGGAAAAAUGGCAUCUUCGAAGUGUAACCAAACCUUCCCUGGAGCUACUCUGAAGCCUCUGCAGAGACUGGAACACAGCACACCUUCAUCUGGGAAAGAUGAUGGCAGUUUUAAGAGUUUCAAAAGGAGCCUGUCCUUAGAAAAGGUGUCUCCCAUUUCUUCCAGGAGGCACGAACAAUGUCGAAAGGAACGUCGGGCAGAUAAAAGUGAUGCGCUCUCUCCCAAAAUGGAGUGGAAGCCAAUUUUGAGUUCCAGAUAUAACGAGGAAGCUAACAGGACAGGUGCAUCACCCAUGCCAGCUUACAAUGAAGCCCUGAUAAAAAAAGACUUCUCACCUGGUUUUGUAGACAGCCAUUGUCACCUGGACUUCUUAUUUGCCCGCACCAAUCAUACUGGAUCGCUUGCAAGCUACCGCCUGAAAUGUAAAAAGACAGAAGAAGCUUUUCCUAUCUCAUUUGAAGGCUGCAUAGCCGUCUUUUGUGAGCCAAGGACUUUCCGAAGGGUAUCGUGGUGGGAAGAAAUAAUCUCUGAGUCUGAUAUUUGGGGUGCUUUCGGCUGCCACCCACACUAUGUCAGUAGAUUUUCCGAUGCAGAAGUAGUCUACCUGAAGCUAGCUCUUCGGAACGAAAAUGUUGUAGCGUUGGGGGAGAUUGGACUCGAUUAUUCAGAAAGGAACAACGAGUCUUUCACCCUGCAAAAAGAAGUGUUUAAGAAACAGUUGAUGAUUGCUCUGGAAUACAAAAAGCCAAUAGUCAUCCAUUGCCGUGAUGCUCACAGGGAUUGCAUUAACAUUCUCAAAGAGUUUGUACCCAAGGAUCACCUGAUUCAUCGUCACUGCUUCACUGACAGUUAAGAAGCCGAGGAAUGGUUGAACACAUUUUCCAACUCGUACUUGGGCUUCACAGGAUUAAUCUUGCAGUCGAACAAGAGGGCAAGACUAGUUCGGGAGGUAGUACAACACGUUCCUCUAGACAGAAUUUUGCUAGAAACGGAUGCUCCUUACUUCCGUCCUUUUUCAAGUGGGCUGUCACAUCCUGGCAUGGCCAUACACGUUGCUGCUGAAAUCGCUAACAUUAAGAGACUCGGCCUCCAGGAGGUUCUUCAGAGCAUGAGAGAGAACACUUUCAAGAUGUACGGCAUUUGAAUAUGAGGCCAGUGUUCUGCAGGUAUUGCUGUUGAAUAAGGAUGGUGAAAACAGAGUCUAUCGUCACGGUUAUCAUUUAAUAUUUUGAAAGGAAACUAAUGUGUGAACAUCUUCUUUUAGAAUGAAAACCUUAAUUGCCAACCAUUAGAACACUGCAGAAGAGACUUGCCAAGUAUCACAAAUUAUUUUACUGAAUAUUGUUGGUAACCAAUACAUAUGAUUUAUUUUUGACUGAGGAGUCCUCUUAUUGAAAUGACUUGUGCAAUAGCAGCAUUGCAUCGUAAGUUUUUUAAAAGGAAGGGAAUGUCAGCUGGUUUUUAAUCUGUAAUAUUGAAGGGGAGUGAUUCGGUUGGUAAUAAGCGGAACUUUUUUGUAAAGUAUAAUACAAAGGUUUGACAUGUAGUUAUUAGAUAGAAAGAUUAAUUUUUCAAUCUCGGUUGUGUUCUUUUGUCACAAGGUAUGUUGUAUCAUAUUUUAUCAUGUCAUAAGGUACAUUCCCAUGUUUAAGAUAUACUGUAUCUAUCCCAUGUAUUAUUUCUUGUGAUAAGAGUCAUUGUAUCUCCUCCUCUUCCAUUCUUAUUCUCUUGUUUCAAGUAUAUUUACUAAACUUGUACAAGUAACCAACUACUACAUAACUCAGAAUGAGAAGUAUAACUGGAGGAGGUCAGUUUCAAGGAAAUAUUUAAAUUGUUACUCAAAAUUAACUUCUAUACUGUCAGUGGAAAAAAAAAAUGACAGGCUGUAAAACAAAAAGAAAGGAAACGUCGAUUUGUAAUCUUGGAAAUUAGCUUGAAAUUAAAAUUUACCAACUGCUUUA